AUGGAAAGCGAACAAGUUGAAACCAGAUAUGUAGCUUACAAUAUUAUCAUUGCAGCUCUGUUCAAAGCUGGGAAAAUUGAAUCUGCAACAGACGUCUUCUCUGGUUUGUCAUCGAAAGGAGUACUGCCUGAUGUAAGGACAUACAAUAUAAUGAUCAAGGGACUUUGUAAUGGUGGCAUCUUAGUUGAAGCAGAAAAGUUGUUUAGAGAAAUGGAGCAAAAAGGCUGUUCUGCUAAUGGCUGCACCUAUAACACAAUUAUCCGAGGUUUUAUCAAUAACAACGAGACAUCGAGGGCUACAAGUCUUAUUGAAGAAAUGCGUGAGAGGGGUAUCUCUGGAGAUGCAUCAACUAUGUCAAAUCUCAAUCGCUUGAACUUUCAAGGGUUCUAUACCUUGCUAUUGGAGAGAAAUGAUGAGCUAAUCACUGCGGCUACUGUAAGGAUUCAUGGAGAGAAGGUGGCCGAAGUACCUCUUGUUGCUACCAAGUUUCAAUAUCGUCGACAAGGAAUGUGUCGUGUGUUGAUAAAUUUACUUGAAAAGAUGCUUAUGGAUUUAGGUGUGGAGAGAUUGGUUUUGCCUGCUGUCCCCAGUGUGUUAAACACAUGGACUACUGCAUUUGGGUUUUCAAGCCCCAGGAUACGGUUUGGCUGUCCUCUGUUUGUUCCGGUUGACACACUUCAGAGGCAGCACUGGACUCAUCAAGAUCGACAAUAUCAGCACUUCUCGACAUCUGAGGCUGUGUUCCUGCAAAAUCACAUGUUACAGUUAGCAUGGAUACUCAACAGCAAUGCCACAGGAGGUAUGCCAUUUCUUCACUCUACCCUUAUUGCUGCUUUGUUUCAUUCUCAACCCACAAGCAUAUCUAGAGAAAACCGUCGACCCUUGCCUAGAGUGAGUAAUGUUGAGGAUGCCUUGAAGGUGUUCGAUGAAAUGAUUCAGUCGCGUCCUCUGCCUCCUGUUUUCCCUUUCAAUAAAAUUUUGACCCAACUUGUCAAACUCAAACAAUUUCCAGCAGUCCUCUCUUUGAAGAGACAAAUGGGUCUCGUGGGAAUCGCUUCUGAUGCUUAUACUCUCAACAUUACCAUCAAUUGCUACUGUCAUUUGAACCAGAUGGAGUAUGCCUUGUCUGUCUUGGCCCACUUCUUCAAAUUGGGUCUUGAACCAAAUGUCACAACCUUCAACACUCUAAUUCACGGCUUUGUUCUCCGAAAUCGAGUGGCUGAUGCAGCGCGACUUUUCAGCAAAAUGGUGGAGGGAGGUCACUGCCAGCCGGAUGUAUUUACUUUCAACACACUAAUCAAGGGCUUUUGCGCGAUCGGAAACAACACUCUGGCUAUUCAGUUACUCGGGAAGAUGGAUGAAAGAGGAUGCCAGCCUAACAUAGUGACCUAUAACACCAUCAUCGACAGUCUGGGCAAAGAUGCACUGGUUGACCAAGCAUUGAACCUCUUCUCAGAAAUGGUUGGUAGAGGUAUUGUUCCGGACGUUAUUACUUACAACUCAUUGAUUCAAGGAGUCUGCAAUAUUGGGAGGUGGAAAGAAGCUUGGAGAUUGUUGAAUGAAAUGGCGAGUCAAGGUAUCUUUCCAGAUCUUAUCACUUUCAAUAUCCUCGUUGAUGGCCUUUGUAAGGAAGGGAGGGUUGUGCAAGCCAGAAGUGUGGUUCAGAUUAUGAUUCAAAGAGGAAUUGAACCUAACACGAUUACAUACAGUUCCCUUAUGGAUGGUCACUGUUUGCGAGGAGAAAUGGACGAGGCGAAACAAGUUUUUGAUCUAAUGGUUGCCAAGGGCUCCAUGGUUAAUGUUCAUAGCUGUAGCAUAUUGAUUAACGGAUAUUGCAAGCAGAAAAAGAUUCAUGAGGCAAAAGAAGUUUUCGACGAAAUGCCUCGUAGGGGAAUUGUUCCUAAUACCAUUACCUAUAGCACUCUUAUUGAUGGUUUUUGCAAAGCUGGGAGACUACAAGAAGCAGAAAAGUUGUUCUCUGAGAUGCAAGCUUCUGGCCAACUUCCAAGUAAUUGUACUUAUAAUAUUAUACUUGAUGGCCUCUGUAACAACCAACAACUUUCUAAGGCAAUUGAAUUGCUUAGAGAGAUGGAAGCGAACAAGUUGAAACCAGAUAUUGUAGCUUACAAUAUUAUCAUUGAAGCUCUGUUCAAAGCUGGGAAAAUUGAAUCUGCAACAGACGUCUUCUCUGGUUUGUCAUCGAAAGGAGUACUGCCUCAUGUAUGGACAUACAAUAUAAUGAUCAAGGGACUUUGUGAUGGUGGCAUCUUAGUUGAAGCAGAAAAGUUGUUUAGAGAAAUGGAGCAAAAAGGCUGUUCUGCUGAUGGCUGCACCUAUUACACAAUUAUCCGAGGGUUUCUCAAUAACAACGAGACAUCGAGGGCUACAAGUCUUAUUGAAGAAAUGCGUGAGAGGGGUAUCUCUGGAGAUGCAUCAACUAUGGAAUGGAUUUUUGAUUUGUUGUCAAAGGAUAAAGUUGAUCCUGUAUUAUCAGCAUGGCUUAAAGAUUCAUUGUUUCACCAUAUUGAAAAUGCCAACUAUGAGGUUGCUGCAUCAGAGCAGAUUCAGGAGAUUGUUUGA